CGGCCCUCUGACUCCACAAGAUGGCGGCGUGGAGCGGGAGCGAAGCGCGGGUCCGCCGAGGGCGGCAGGGAGCGCGGCUCCGGGCCCAGUCCCCGGCCGGGGACACGGGGCCCACCGCCGCCCCCUCGCUAUGUGGUGGCUGCCUGAGCCGUGCCAUCCCCGAGGCCGGUCUGGGCCUGGGUUUGAGCCUCGGCCUCGGACUGGCCUGUCCGCUCUGCCGACAGGGCGACAGCCGGCCCGCCCUGUGGCAGCGGGGCCGCCGGAAGAAGCAACGGGAGCCGCGGCGGCAGCAGGAGACGGAGCAGCGGCCGGAGGCUGAGCCUGUGUUCCGUACUCCGCUGGUGUUGAGUAAAGCAGCUGAUGUCCGCGACGAGUUUGAGAACCAGCUUGGACAGUUUGAGGCGGAGGAGAGCUUGAAGGAGGACGAUGAGACGGUCACGGCAGAGAUAAUUCAGAUCAUCCUGGCCGAGGGGGAACAGGAGAAGAAGAAACUGACUGUGGCUGAGCAGCUGAAAAGGGAUGAGCAGUUGGCACGGAAAUGGAAUCGAGAAUUGGCUGCUGACAACAUGUCUGACUCGGAGAACGAAGAGCCUGCAAGACGGGUGACUACCUGGCAGUGGGGGAAAUUGGCCAACGGCAAACUGAGCUCCAGCUGUUCCAGUCGCCUUACAAGAAUGCUUCGUGCCAGCUCAGAGGAAUCUCGGAGUUGGAGUACACCUGUGGAAAAUAACCAAAUCCGGAGAGUGGUACCUCGCGGCGACAGUGGAAUCAAGGGACCUUCACAGACCCAUGGUACCAAUACGCUCAACAUCCUGUCCUCCUCGGAAAACAGCCGCCCCAGCUCAGCGCCCAACCUCAGCAUCGACAAGCGCCUUUCAGCUGAAUCCUCGGCAUCAGAGGCGGUAAAGUGGGACCGGUCGACCAGCCCUGACAGCAAUGACAGCAUUUCAGAGGAGCUCAACCACUUCAAGCCCAUCAUCUGCUCACCCUGCACACCGCCCAAGAAGUUACCCGACGGUAGGCUCCUCAAGCCCAGGAUCAUUAAAUCAACGCCCCGGAACCUGUACAACCAUCUACAUAAGGCAGUGACCACCUACGAGGUGAGCCCCAAGAUCCUGGAGAAGUGGGGGCAGAUCCUCCAGGACCGGCACAAGGGGAAGACUGCUUCCAAGGGUACCCUGACCUCCGAAGAGGAGGAGGAUGACGAGCGGUCUGGCCGGCCGGUACCUGAAUGUGACAUCCCAGAGGUGGAGGCCGCCACCGCCUCACACCCCUGCACCUCUCCUGGGCUCAGCCAGCUGGAAUCACGAACCUCGCCCUGGCCCAUGGACUUUUCAGACUUUGCAGAGGUACCAGACUCGGUGCUGGAGAAUCUGGAGUGGGAAUCAGUGGGGGGCAGUGCCGGAGCAAGCCCCCUUCAAAACCAGAGUGCAGAACAAAAGGAGAACGGGGCUCUCCGCCAGACCCCUGCUUGUCCCGGGCGGAGAGCCUGCAAGGGCGGAGUCACCAACGCCAGUGGCGGCGGGCAAGACCGCCCAUCCUCUCGGUCACGCCCACACCACAGCAGGAAGCGUCGCUGCAAGACCAAGCACGCGGCAGCGGAGGCCAGCAAACGGCCAAGGCUGAGCCCGGCAAGGAAUGCCGGCAAAGUGGGCAUGGCACUGACCAGUGACUCGGACCAGGCCCGGCAGCAGGAUGAGGAUCGGAAACUGGCUCAGAGACUGCAGCGCCGGUUCGACCUGGAGCGGACCACGGUCAACCGGAGGAAGGGCAGUAAGGACAGUUACCCACUGCGGACAAAGGUCAUCUCCAACGCCGACUAGCAGGAGCGGUGUCGCUCUCCUCGUGCCCCCAGCUCUUCCCGUCGCUGUUCCAUGUAUAGUCAUUACAGGAAAAUACAGCCUGCACCACACACUCUCCUAAUAAGCUGUUGCCUGUGAGCUCAUCCAUUGAUUGUGCUCGUCGCCCCAGACAAUUGAAUUCUGCUGUUGAGUGGGCAGUGCUUGCCGAGGUGCACACUCCGACCAGGAGGAGUGGUGUGGAGGAACAGCACUUCACAAAUCGUGUACCAGCCCUGCCUGUACUUUAUUUUUAUAGAGGGGAACAAUUUCACUUUUUAAAUAUUGUAUAUUUCUCUCGGGUUCCAACAGGGAGAGGCUGGUUGGUGUGUGAAUCCAGUCCCAUCCGGUACCUGGUGAGGAUUUGACUAAGCCCGUUCCCGUUGGGGUUGGUUAAUGGAGAGCUGUGAUGUUCUGGCAGAUGUUUGGGAAAGGUCAUUUCCGGUGUCAGGCACAGGUACAAGAUUAGAGAGGCUUAAAAAAAGACCUGAGAAGUAACUUUACACAGAGGGUAGUGAUUUGCCGAAGGAAGUGGUCAAGGUUGGUACAGUUGUAGGAUUUAAGCGGCACUUGGAUAGGUUCAUGGAGGGGAGGGUCUUGGAGGGUUAUGGGCCAACCGCAGACAACUAGCAGGAAGGAUUCUGUGGUCAGCAUCGACAAGUUGGACUGAGGGGCCUGUUUUCAUGGUAUGACUAUUGACAGGGCUAAAAGGGUGACACAGUAGCCUAAUGUUAUUACAGCUCCAGUGACAUAGGUUCAAUUCCUACCGCUGUCUGUAAGGAGUUCUUAUGCUCUCCCUUUGACCACAUGAGUUUCCUCUGGGUGCUCCAGUUUCCUCCCACAUUCCAAAGAUGUAUGGGGUAGCUGAUGAAUUGAUUACAUGGGUGUGAGUGGAUGGCAGCAUCUCAUUGGAGUGGGAGUGGGAGUACAUAGCAAAAUAAUCUCAAAUCAGCUCCGGAAUUCAAAGAGAUCCCCUGAUGCAGAUGGUGCUUCAUGUGGCAUCUGAGCUCUCCUGUAGGGAAAUCUACAGCACUAUCCCACACUAUCUCUCCCACUCCCACCCAAAUAUGUUGGUUAUCCAUCGUACCCAACAAUGGCAGGAGACCUGUGUGGGAGAGUUUUUAAAGUGGAAAAGAUGUUACACUGGGCAGUUGCACUCUCUCGAGCUUGGGAUUUCGGGACAGCGAUAUGAGCAGUCAUCACCACUGGGGUCUUUCUUGGUUGCAGUAGACAACCAUGUUUUCGUCUCUGUCUUUUCAUGCCCUUUGUUCUCCACAAAGUAUUGCAGAACCACCUUCUUGGCCAUUGGAUCUCACUACAGAUCUCAUCUGCCCAGUCUGUCAGAGCAGACCUUGCAUGCUAGUACAGGCGCCUCCCAGUCUCACCAGGGUAUGAGGCCGCCUGCUACACUCACCUGGUUUAGCUCACCUGUCGGAUGGUGUACCAGGAUGUGGCCACUGUUGCAUGCAAACAGCUACUUGGAGCCAAAGGUGAGACCUGAGUGUCUGGUGGAGAUCAAAGGUGAGUGAGCUGCCCCCAGAAUGGACACGUCAAUUCCCUUCCCCAGGCUUAUUACCUCCCUGGACACCCCAUUCACCACCAAAAUAUACUACUCUCUUUAAGGGUUGAGGAGAUCCCAGGCCACUUUGCCUGUCCUCCUCUGAAACUACAAGCAUACUAACAGUUAACUAAAAACCCACAUGGUGCGAUAAAUGACAAGAGUGAAAUUUGUCCACCCUUUAAUCUCUGCCCUUUGAAAUCCACAGAAGAUUUAUAAGCAGUUAUUUUUAAGGUUGUUUAAAAUGAUCCACUUGCCACAGGUUCUUCUGGAAUUCCUGACUGGAUUUGGCUUGGUAUGGUUCAUUCAUAGGUGCUCUCUAAUACUUUGUCAGCUGAGAAACAUUUGUACUAUUACCAGAAGUUGGUUCAGCAGGAUACCUUAUUCUGAAGUGAUUUUAAGAUGAGCUUCUUGGUUAAUCCUUUGGGUAUAGCAAUGCAGUGUGUGUCAGGCUGUGAGCCUGAGGAGAUCCUCCAUUGUGGGCCAUCAACAAUAUAAUCUCUGUGUUUGGACAUCACAAUUUUAAUCGUAGAUCAGCAUGGGGAUAGGCCCUUAGGCCCAGCUGACUAUCAUCAUCCAUUUAUGCUAAUUCUGUUUCAUUCUCCUCUGUUCCCAUCAGCUUCCCCCAGACUGUACCCCUCAUAUGAGGGCAAAUUGAAUGUGGGAGGAAACAGAAGCAUCCAGUGGGAAACCCACACAAUCAGAAUCAGAUUUAAUUUUACUGGCAUAUAUUGUGAAAUUUGUUGUUUUGCAGCACUAGUACAUUGCAGUAUGUAAUUUAAAAAUAUAAAUUACAAAAAAGAAAUAUAUAAAUUGAAUUAAAUAAGUUGUGCAAAAAGAGCAAAAACAUGGAUUCAUUGUCCAUUCAGGGGGAAGAAACUGUUCCUAAAGGUUGAGUGUGUGCCUUCAAACUCCUGUACCUCCUCCUUGAUGGUAGCAAUGAGAAGAGGGCAUAUCCUGGGUGAUAGGGGUCCUUAAUGAUGGAUGCCGCCUUUUUGAUGCAUUGCCUUUUGAAGAUGACCUUGAUGCUGGGGAGGCAAAGUACCUAUGAUGGAGCUGGCUGAGUUUACAACUUUGCAGCUUUUUCUGAUCCUGUGCAGUGUCCCCUCCAUACCAGAUACAGAGAAUGUGCAAACUCCACACCGACGAUGCCCGAGGUCAGGACUGAACUGGAGUCUCUGGUGCUGAGAGACAGUGGCACUACCUGCUGUACUAAGUGCCAUCUUAUUUAUUGCUUCAGUUUCACCAGUACUCAAUUCCAGCUCAUGCCUGAUGAGCAGGGGACUGUAAGACUCCCUGUUCUCGCCAUCUUGACCAGUUCAGAAUCUUGACUUGUACAGUGGACUGGUUGGAAUAAUCAAAUGAUUUUGCAAGGUAGAAUACUUGCCUCUCUUCCAGUACCAGUCCUGAAGCCAUGUGCCAGGGACCAGCUCGGACAGGAUUUCAGAGUAGUGCCCAUUUCUCUCUGUUGGGACAGAUGUUCCAUUGUUCUGCUGACCAGUGCAAAGUGAACGUCUCUUUCAUCAAUUCCAGCACCAUCGCUGAUCGGUCAGCCUGAAUGUAGGCUGUUCUGGUGUGGGAGACUGACACAGCAGCUUUAAUCGCUAGGUGGCAGGCUCCAUCGGUCUUUGAUCCUAGAACAAGGGGAAGCACUGAGCUGAGUGCCUCAGGAAGCCAAGAAAGGAGAGGAACCCAGAUCCCCCGCACUUACACCCGCUGUGCUGACUGGUAUAAUGGGGUAGUGGGUGUUGAUCAGCAGGUGGCUAGGAACAUUAUUAGUACAUUAAUUACUUCAGUGAGAUUUCAUGGAACUUUCCAUGCAAAAACUACCACUUUCUGUCUCUGUCAUGCAUUCAACUGCCUCAGGUGUACACGUCUUGUUUAUUUUCUUUAGAGUUACAGCAUGGAACAGGCCCUUCUGACCCUUUGAGCCACACUGAUUUAACCUUAGACUAAUCACAGGACAGUUUACAUUGAGCAGUUAAUCUACUAACCAGUAUGUUAUGGACUGUGGGAGGAAACCAGAGCACCCGGGGGUAAGCCUGCACACAAAGGGGAAGGAACAUACAAACUUGCUUACAGAGGACGCUAGAAUUGAACUCUGAUGACCCAAGUUGUAAUAACAUCACAUUAACCAUUAUGCUACAGUGGCACCUCAAUACUGAUACCCAAUGAAGGGGGCCCAAUAUGUCAGGUCUUUAUUUCUCUCCAUAGAUUCUGCUUGACCUGCUGUGUUUCUCCAGCAUUUUAUGUGUGUUGCUCCAGAUUUCUAGCAUCUGCAGAAUCUUUUGUUUUCUUGUUUAUACCUGGUACUUGUGGGGUCUUCAUUUAAAUUCUGGCACUUUAAGCUAUGUGUUUCCUGUAUUGGCUUCUACACUGGAUUGGAAAUUGCGGAGAAGCGCUAAUUUUUUUCUAACAUUGGGGAAGACGUUAAGACUUUUUGUCUGAAAGCAGUAUGGGACAAAUGAAACCAGAGAAUAUUUUAUUAAUUCACUUUAUACUAAACCUAGUAGAGCACUUGAAUCCUCCAACCCCAUUUUAAUUCUUUAAAGGAAAAAUAUUUGCCAAAGAUUUAAGUAAAAAAAUGUUAAGCAAUAGAGUAUGUAAGAAUUUUCAGGAAAGCAAAACCUCGGGCACAGAACUGACAACUGCACAGAUGGAAUUUUAUGCUAAGAUAUGUUGCCAAAACUGAGUUAGUUUAAGGUAUUGUGUAUAAAGAGAUACUUUGUUCUGGA